UAUGAGAAUGACAUCGACGACGAAGUAGGAAGUGUAUAAAAUCAGACAGCAAUUGAAUAUCGCCUUUCACAGGCAAAUCCUUUACACAAUGGCAUGGCAGGGGCCGAGCUGCAUUGCUCGCGCUCUCAGAUCUGCGCAGCAUAGCUUCCGAUCGGAAUGUCACCUUUCCCACCAGCCAUAUCUAUCCACAGCAACCACAUAUCUGCGGUCCCAGAGACGCUCCCUAUCAACAUCACCCGAGCAACAACUUGAUAUUACCGCUGCGCCUCCAAUUGACACGACGAAACUGAAAUGCACCCCACAACGCAUUCUCCCUGCUUCGCCGGCCUACUUUACCGGAACUCCGAAGUUCAUCGAUCAUGUGUUGAAGCUGGAACAAAUACACAGUAAAUACUUCCUGCUACCUACCGUUCCUCCAGGUGAAGCACCACGGACCGCGUUCCUUAAACACGCGGACUACAAAAAUGCCAUCAACGAGGAGGUGCCGGCUGCCAAAUAUCGCCAGCUGCAGAAGGUUCUCGCUAGAUUAAACCAGAUCCGACCAGACAAGGUACCGCAGGAAGUGAAGGAUAUGCUCAAGUCUUUCACGCGACCUGGUGACCCCUACCAACAGAAACUUGCGCCCAAGACACUCGACGAGAUGGGGAGGGCUAGAGGUGUUGGCCGACGGAAAACAUCACAUGCGAGGGUUUGGUUAGUUGAGGGCGACGGGGAGGUGCUUAUCAAUGGCAAAAAUAUUGUCCAGGUCUUCCCUCGCGUCCAUGACCGGGAGAGUGCCCUCUGGCCCCUAAGGGCGACGAAUCGAUUAGAUAAAUAUAACGUGUUUGCUAUUACGCGGGGUGGUGGUGUUACUGGUCAAGCGGAAGCUAUUACUGUUGCUCUUGGGAAGGCUCUAUUGGUGCAUGAGCCUGCCAUGAAGCCGAUAUUAAGGAAAGCCGGCUGUAUCUCUACGGACCCUAGACAAGUCGAGAGAAAGAAGCAUGGUCACUUGAAAGCCAGAAAGAUGCCCGCCUGGGUCAGACGGUGAAGGAUGCAUCAUCGUUUGUUGUACACUUUUUCCACUUCUCAUUUUUCUGUAUUAGCCUCAUCCUUUUUUAACGUUGUCUUCCCCCAUUAUGCACAAACCUGUAUAUCAGAGAUUUUCCCUUGUAUUUUUUUGUCUUCCCCGCCUACGCGCGGCUCAUUGACGGUUUCGGAGAACAACAUAGAGCUCAAUUGAAUUUUUCAGACAGUACCAAUUCACUUUGGAAUUCAAAAUUCUUUUUUUCACUCGAUAAAUGUGAUAUAUCAUAUCAGACAGGGCAUGUAUUACAGGAGAAUAAUAUCAAACGUAGGGGCACGCGCUACCUAGCCAUGAUACAUAUUAUUCUCACUUUCUCCCCCUACUACUACCCCAUACACGCCCUGGCUUCAUCCACGUAUGGAGGAAUGGUACCCAGGUCCGAAUGCAUGGCUCUGCAGAAACCGAAACUCGCCUCUUCCUACUACAGACCUCCAAAAACCACAAAUGGAGACAAACCGGUUCCUUCUAGCUUAAAGUGCCGCAACCACUUGGCAGAUUGUGUGAGUGGCAUCACCCAUUGCCGAUUUCUGGUCUUUUGAUGUAUAAUUUUAUUCAGCGUGACCUUAUUGACUACAGACUACAUGCUAUGACGCCUUCUGGACAUUUGAUACCGUUCUUCAUCCACAUGCACAUUUUUAUUUCGUCCGGAGCCAACAUACACGUCGCCUACUCUACCCUGGAUAUAUAGGACUCGAUGGCCCUGUUUCUACCGUAUUCCUGCUGCUCUAUUUGCGCGUGGUUCAGAGGGUUUUCAUUAAGAAACGAUGUUAUGGAGUCCUACUGGGAUUAGGUUGGGAUUAAAGUCGGCUCGGAUUGGAAUGUAUCCAGAUGACAGAUGACAAGGAGAAAUGGAGUCUUGUUUUCCAAAACCUUGGCUCAUAUGACUCCAAACGAUAGCGACAAUACCAUGUCAACACCGUUGACAGAACUCAGUCCAGACUAUAAACUACUUUUUGCUCACUACUUUGUCUACUACAGAAUGUGGAUAUAUCAGUGGAUAAUAUUGAGAUGCUGAAAUGCAAGUUGUUUUAUUACUGCUUCGUCUUCGAGCUACCAACAUCACAUCCCUACGCCGAGGUGGAUAUCCUUGUACCAUUCAACGGAAAAAUUAAGUAUCUCAAACGAGCUUAAUACCCUUCCAUUCUUGAAAUGCGCCCGCUGAGGGUUGGAAUGCGACUGCUGAUUCCCAAAAGUCUUCCUGUAGUACAAUUUUUCAACCUACUACAAUUUGCUCAGGCCGCUCCACGUAUUUCUGAAAUCUAGUUAUGCAUUGCAUCCGUUUGUAAUCGGAGAUAUAGUUCUGCAUAAGGAUAUCACCAUGAGGGGAGGUAGACAUGCCUACAUUCUGUAUGACAUGCGAGGGUCGCUUGGUGCACGCUUCUCGGUUGUCAUGGACGUUCCAGGCUUCUAAGGAAUGUAUCGACGAGGAUAAUACGCAAACAUCCCCUUGCGCCCCUGCUGCUUAUUUUCCCUUUUAUACAUCCGCUUGGUGGUUGCGGGCCAGAUUCUCUGUCGACAGGUUUGGGGUAUUUAUAUCUUUUUUUCCCCUGCCUUUCUUUCUUUAGAAUAUACGAUCUUAGGAGUUGAUAACCUGUAAGAUAAGUGCGCAGUCACUCCGUGACACUGGGCAAGUGGAAGGAUCAGGUGCUAUUUUCUGUAAUCAGCACCACGCUAUCCGUCACUAUAAUUUCUACCUCGGAGAUGGGUUAAUAUGAAGCAAAAUCCUGUACAAUUAUAUACAAUCGAAGCGCACUGUAGUUCAAGAUAUCAGCGGGAAUGAGCAUGCAUGCUCUGUACAUAGUUGAGUAAUAGUACCA